AUCAUUAAAGUAAACUUUCCCUCCUAAUAUAAUUUCAGUUGGAAUGAAUUGACCAUAUUCUUUAGUAAUUUUCUUAAAUCUUUCCCUAGGAUUUUUUGAAUUUAUGGCAUCAAUCACAUCGUUUUUAAAUUCAUCAGUUAAUUUUAAAUUUUCUAAAUUUUGUUUGCUGAAUUUUAAUGACACUUUACCAAUUUCUGUAUAUUGAUAAGCUGAUUGGAUUUCAUUAAUAAAACUUUUAUCAUGUAAAUUUACAACUGAUAAUCCAAAUUUUGCAAAAUUCGUUAUGUUAUUAUUACCAUUUUCAACAUCUACAAAUAAAUUUGUUUUCUUCAUCCAAUCUUCUUUUGAUUCAAAUUCAAUUCGACCUUUUUUAUAUUUAUUAAUUUCUUUUAAUUCACAAUUAUUUAUUAUAAAAGCUUGUUUUUCAGCUAUCUUAAUUCCAUCAAUACUCAUGGUUCGCCCAUAAUCUAACUUGAAUUGAUUACUUAAAAUUUUCCAAUAAUUUCUUUUUAAAUAUAAAAUAUUUUGACCUUCUUUAAUUGUUAUAAUAUCUUUUAAAAGAAAAUUCAUUUCAUCUUCACGUUCUAUUUCUCCAAAUUCUUCAUCGUUUUCUUCUUUUAAAUAGAUCAACAUAUCAUUGAUAACAUUAUGUUCGAUUAAUUCCUUACGAAUAUCGGAUAAAUAAUCAUUUGGAUUUAAUCUUUUUAUUAUAGAUUUUUGUAAUGAUAAAUUAUCUAUAAUUUUAAUAAAUAUUGUAAUUUU